AUGGAAAGCAAGCUUGCGGUCAACAAAAAUUACGGCUACCCAGCCCUGACUCACUACGCUGUGCCCCAAGCAAGUCUCGCCUUUUCACACGUCUCCAGGAUGUCUCCUACGAGGUUCUCCGUGCUGGCUCUGCUGCUGCUCUCGGCCUACUGCUGGGCUGAGGAGUCAGGUACAAAACUGUCUGCAUCUGAACUUCUAGAGAAAGCCAACGCCAACAUCGUGCGUCGUGAAGGCGAACCCAUCCUGAUCGAGGGAGACAUUGCCAUCGACAACGAGGCUGAGAGGAACGCUGACCCCUGCACCUCCAGAGGCUGCAAGUGGGGCAAAAACACAGAUGGAAAGGUUUACGUCCCCUACUCCAUCUCCAAUAACUACUCUUCUCGGGAAAAGUCCAUCAUCACUCGUGGUCUGGAGUCCUUCUCCUCUUUCUCCUGCAUCCGCUUCAGACCAAGCAGAAGCUCUGACCGCGACUGGCUGAGCAUCGAGUCUCAGAGCGGCUGCUGGUCAUUCGUGGGCCGCCGUGGGAGAAAGCAGGUGGUGUCUCUGUCCCGUAGAGGUUGUCUUUACCAUCAGACCGUCCAGCACGAGCUGCUCCACGCUCUGGGCUUCAACCAUGAGCAGACCCGGUCCGACAGGGACAACCACAUCAAGGUCCUGCUGCAGAACGUCGUGUCUGAUAAACAUCACAACUUCAGAAAGAUCGCCACUCUGAACCAGGGCACUCCCUAUGACUACGGCUCUGUCAUGCAGUACCACAGGACUGCUUUCUCCAAAAACGGUAAGCCCACCAUGGUCCCCAUCCCCAAUUCCAAUGUCAAUCUGGGAGGAGCUAAGGAGAUGAGCGCCAAUGACAAGAAGAGACUCAACACUCUGUACAAGUGCUGUGAGUGUCACCCCUUUAUUGAGAGUUAG